AGAGGCUCUCCUCACUCUCCUUUGUUGUUCUAACGGGCAAGGUGCCAGCGGGUUUUGUAAGCACCUGAGAACAGCGAUGACAAGUAGUGCCUGAGUCACAGAGGCACAGGUGGCUUUGACAGUGGUCAGAAAGAACCCACACUCGCUGCUCGAGAUGGAGAAGAGCAAGACGGAUGGUCACCAGGCUGUGCUCAAUGAAGGAGAGGAGAAUGAGCUGGAGGUGUUUGGCUACCAGACUCAGAAUUUACGAAGAGCCUUGUGCCUCGUCACAGCCAUCCUGACUCUUGGGGCAGUUCAGCUCAUGUUCUACUGGAGGCCUGAGUGGUGGGUGUGGACCAGUUGCAUCCCAUGCCCCUUACAAGAAGCAGACAUAGUUUUGCUGAGGACAACUGAUGAAUUUCGAAGAUAUAUGAGGAAAAAGGUUUUCUGCCUUCACUUAUCGACACUGAAGAUCCCUAUAAGCAAGAACCCAGGGGAACCUCUGGUAGCUGAUCACCACUCGGUCAUAAACCAAGCUGUAAUGAAGCCAGAAUUAAAACUACGAUGCAUUCAAGUGCAGAAAAUCAGGUACGUGUGGGAUUUCUUGAAGAAGCGAUUUCAGAAAGUUGGGUUGCUGGAAGACAGUAACUCCUGCUUUGACAUCCACCAUACAUUUGGAUUGGGUCUGACCAGUGAAGAGCAAGAGGUCAGACGGUUAGUGUGUGGGCCCAAUGCUAUCGAGGUGGAGAUCCAGCCUAUAUGGAAGCUGCUUGUUAAACAGGUUUUAAAUCCAUUCUACGUGUUCCAAGCCUUCACCCUCACUCUAUGGCUGUCUCAGGGUUACAUAGAAUACUCUGUGGCCAUCAUCAUUUUGACUGUUAUAUCCAUUGUCUUGAGUGUGUAUGACUUGAGACAGCAAUCAGUUAAGCUGCACAAGCUUGUGGAGGAUCACAACAAAGUCCAGGUCACAAUCACAGUAAGAGACAAAGGUCUGCAGGAGCUGGAGUCCCGUCUCCUGGUUCCGGGAGAUAUUCUCAUUCUUCCAGGGAAAAUUUCAUUGCCCUGUGAUGCUGUAUUGAUUGAUGGGAGUUGUGUGGUGAAUGAAGGAAUGCUCACAGGAGAAAGUAUACCUGUUACAAAGACACCAUUGCCCCAAACGGAGAACACCAUGCCCUGGAAAUCACACAGUUUGGAGGACUACCGGAAACAUGUGCUCUUCUGCGGAACAGAAGUGAUUCAGGUCAAGCCAUCUGGCCAGGGACCUGUUAGAGCCGUGGUUCUGCAGACAGGUUAUAAUACAGCAAAAGGAGACUUAGUGAGAUCCAUCCUCUAUCCCCGACCUCUGAACUUCAAACUGUAUAAUGAUGCCUUCAAGUUCAUGGUGUUCCUGGCCUGCAUUGGUGUUGUGGGAUUUUUCUAUGCCCUAGGUGUCUAUUUGUACCAUGAAGUUCCUCCGAGAGAAACUGUAACCAUGGCUCUGAUCCUCCUCACUGCCACUGUCCCUCCUGUGCUCCCAGCUGCCCUGACCAUCGGCAAUGUGUAUGCCCAGAAGAGGCUGAAGAAGAAGAAGAUUUUCUGCAUCUCCCCACAGAGAAUCAAUAUGUGCGGCCAGAUCAACCUCGUGUGCUUCGACAAAACAGGAACUCUUACAGAAGAUGGGCUGGACCUCUGGGGGACGGUUCCCACUGCUGGCAACUGUUUCCAGGCAGUCCACAGCUUUGCCUCAGGUGAGGCUGUACCCUGGGGCCCACUGUGUGCAGCCAUGGCCAGCUGCCACUCCCUGAUCCUUCUUGAUGGGACCAUCCAGGGAGACCCUCUGGACCUCAAAAUGUUUGAAGGCACUGGCUGGAAUAUGGAAGAUGGCCAAGUGGCCUCCUGCAAAUAUAGCACGGCAGAUUCCGGCACAGUAAUAAAACCAGGACCGAACGCUAGCCAGAGUCCCGUGGACAGCAUCACCAUCUUGCGCCAGUUUCCAUUUUCCUCAGGACUGCAAAGGAUGUCUGUGAUUGCUCAGCUGGCUGGUGACCUCCGUCUCCACGUCUACAUGAAGGGUGCCCCGGAAAUGGUGGCCAGGUUCUGCAGCUCUGAAACGGUGCCUAAGAACUUCCCACAGGAGCUGAGGAAUUACACAGUGCAAGGCUUCCGUGUCAUCGCUCUUGCCCAUAAAACCCUGAAGAUGGAGAAGGUUUCCGAUGUGGAACGUCUAGCAAGGGAGAAAGUGGAGUCCGAGCUGGCAUUUCUGGGUCUUCUCAUAAUGGAGAAUCGCUUGAAAAAUGAAACGAGGCCAGUGCUGCAGGAACUGAGCGAGGCCCGCAUCAGGACCGUGAUGGUGACAGGUGACAAUCUUCAAACUGCCAUCACUGUUGCUAAAAAUUCUGAAAUGAUUCCUGUGGGCAGCCAGGUCAUCAUUGUCGAGGCUAAUGAGCCAGGAGACCUUGUUCCUGCUUCUGUGACCUGGCAGCUGGUGGGGACCCAAGAGCCAGGCUCUGAGAAGAAGGUGUCACAGGGAAGCCAGCAGUGCUUUAGAAGCCCAUGCAGAAACCAUGCCUUUCGAUUUCAGGACACCUACAUUGAUAUCGGAAACAGUUCAGUACCUUGUGGGAAAGGUUACCAUUUUGCAAUGAGUGGGAAGUCCUAUCAAGUGCUAUUUCAUCAUUUCUACAGCAUGCUGCCACAAAUUCUGGUCAAUGGAACCGUUUUUGCAAGAAUGUCUCCUGGGCAGAAAUCAAGUCUUGUGGAAGAGUUUCAGAAAUUAAAUUAUUAUGUGGGCAUGUGUGGAGAUGGAGCCAAUGACUGUGGGGCUUUGAAAAUGGCGCAUGCGGGCAUCUCGCUGUCAGAGCAGGAAGCGUCUGUGGCCUCUCCCUUCACCUCGAAAGUGGCCAAUAUCGAGUGUGUGCCUCAUCUCAUCAGGGAGGGACGGGCUGCACUGGUUUCAUCCUUCGGUGUAUUUAAAUACUUGACCAUGUACGGCAUCAUCCAGUUUAUUGGAACAUCACUGCUGUACUGGCAACUACAGCUCUUCGGUAAUUACCAGUAUCUCCUGCAAGAUGUGGCCAUCACCCUGAUGGUCAGCUUAACAAUGAGCAUAAACCAUGCCUACCCGAAGUUGGCUCCAUACAGACCAGCAGGACAACUCCUUUCUCCUCAGUUGCUACUCUCAGUCUUCAUGAAUUCCUGUUUCACCUGCAUUGUGCUAGUGUGUACGUUUCUCUCUGUGAAACAGCAGCCUUGGUACUGUGAGGUCUACAAAUACAGUGAAUGCUUUCUGGUCAACCAAAGUAAUUUCUCAACCAACAUGGGUUUGGAGCGAAACUGGACUGGGAAUGCAACCCUGGUUCCUGCUUCGGUGCUAAGUUUCGAGGGCACCACUUUGUGGCCCAUUGUCACCUUCAACUGCAUCUCAGCAGCUUUUAUUUUUUCUAAGGGAAAGCCAUUUCGGAAACCCAUCUACACCAACUAUUUAUUCUCGCUUCUGCUGACAUCUGCUGUGGGCCUCACUGUUUUCAUUCUGUUUUCUGAUUUUCAAGAUAUAUACCGUAGAAUGGAGUUCAUCCCAACCACAACAUCAUGGAGAAUUUCAAUUCUGGUGGCAGCCUUUGUCCAGUUCUGUGUGGCAUUCUUUGUAGAGGAUGCCAUCCUUCAAAAUAGAGAGCUCUGGCUGUUUAUAAAGAAAGAAUUUGGAUUCUACUCGAAAAGUCAGUAUAGGAUCUUGCAGAGAAAGCUGGCAGAAGACUCGACGUGGCCUCCCACGAACAGGACAGAUUAUGCAGUCAAUGGCAAAAAUGGACUCUACAUCAACAGAGCCUAUGAAAGCCCUGAACAGGUCCCGAAAGGGAAGCUCAAACUGGGAGGGCAAGCUUCAGAACAGCAUUUUUGGACCAGACUGUAACCUGAAUUGCAGUCACGCCUGAUCCACAACAUCACCCUUUGUCCCCAAACUAAACAUUGUGGAAAGGAGGAAACUGCAUACAUAUCCUUCUCUUCUCUCUCUGUCGAAGUAUCCAAUGCACUUCAACAUAGCGACCCUUGCAGCAAAGAACUUAACAUUCAUUCUACCCUUCACUAGCUCCAGAGAAACCUGCAUGUCUCAGAUCACCUUUGUAAUAACCCGUAUUCAUAUUGUAUUGUUCUAAAUGGACAGCUCUCAUGCAACAAGAUUAGAUGUAUGGACAUCGGAUGAGAAGAAAAACUGAGAAAGCACUUGGUGUUUGAAAGUUAUAGUAAUGUAUUAAUCGAUGUAAGUUUCUUUAGUCUUACAUUAAUUUGUGGAGCACAUUCAUGUACAUACAUUGGCCAGGAUUAUAAGAUUCCUCCUGGUUUGCAUCUUUGGUGUGACUUAAGUGGAGAAAUAAGAUGAAUUAUUCCACCCUAGGUACACAGGAAGCCAGAGUGGUGUGGAAGUUGAGAACAGUAGAGAUCGGUGCUAAUCUUUUAUAAUCACGGCAUGGGUGUUGCUAGGGUGUAAGCAAAAUACACCAACUUGGUACAUUUCAAAAGUAUAGUGUAUGGGUCUGGGGAGCCUAACAGUGCAGAGUAGACCAGAAUAAUGAAAUAAACUUUUCAAAUGUGUUUUUUCACUUUAUAAA